AGGAUUCUUGUAGGUCGUUCCCAGUGCCAAGAGACACCUUUCAAGCAUGCCGUCCAAGCGGCGAAACAAUGGUCGCUCCAAGCAUGGCCGUGGGCACACGGCCAUUGUGCGCUGCUCCAACUGCUGCCGUUGCGUGCCAAAGGAUAAGGCCAUCAAGCGCUUUCAGGUGAGGAACAUGGUGGAUGCGUCAUCGCAGCGAGACUUGAGGGAGGCGAGCGUCUACCAAACCUUCAUGCUCCCCAAGCUCUACAUGAAGAUGCUCUAUUGCGUCUCAUGUGCUAUCCACGGCCGCAUUGUUCGUGUGCGGAACAAGGUUUUGCGAGCAAGCCCAGAAGGCCGCAUCUACAAGCCCCCCAUGGGCAAGGGUGGCGGCAAGGGCAACUGAGAAGAUCUGAUCAGGACAUGCAGCGGCACUGAGAAAGAUGACAAAAAAGGAGCCAUACUGCAGCAGCCAUACUCUUGAUUUCUCACGUUGUCCAAAAGUUUGGACAUCUUGAAACAUACUGAACACAUUUUGUUGCUGCAUGCUUCAUGCUGACUGAGGCAUGGGUGCAUAGAUUGGAAGUCAGUGCAAUGAGAGCUCAGAUGAAUUGUGCUCAAAGAAGCAUGCGUGGCAAGGAAGCAUGUGGGUAGAGUUGAUUGAAGUUCCAAUUUACUUUUUGGAUUUGGCUGGCUAAGCAGCCUUGAUCAUGAGUGCAUGAUUCAAGUGCAGUCACUUGAACGUCUUGGUUGUCCCAAAAGGAGUCUUGUGGAGCUUCAACUGAUGCCGGUGUCAUGCACGGGACACCGGGACAGUGACUGAAAAUGACAGAAGCGUCCUUCACGGUGAC